AUGCAAUCCACUGCGACAGCAGCAGAACGCAACGCGCGAGUGGGGGCCAAACCAAAAAAGAAAAGUGAUUUCGCCGAAUUUCUCAGCCCCACCCGCGUCGCCGUUGGUCGCAGUCUCACUUCACCGCCUCCUCGCAGCGUCUCAGCCUCGCCGCCUCGCCGCCGCGCCGCCACAACGCGGGGCAGCGAGGCGAGUGCAGCAGAAUGCAGCUGGCAAUUCUGCGUUGGAUUGCGUGCUAUGGCGGUCAACAAGGCGGGCAAGCCUGCACGCACCAAGACACCCGCUCCAGGUCCGGGGAAGCAGUCCAAAAAGUUCGCCGAAGACGCCGGAAUAUCCCACCUUCUAGAGCUCAGCCAGGCCAUCACAAACGCCAAGGACGAAACGCUCUCGAAACGCAUCGAGCAUACAAAGCAAAAAGCACGCGAGCAGCAGCUCAAGAAACAGUCGCUCGUCGAACGCAAAAAGGCCAAACAAGCCACACAAUCCACCGAGGCAAAGGCAAAGUCCAAGGCAGAAAUCAAGGCCGCCCUCAAGUCCAACAAGCGCGAAAAGGCCAAAGCCAGAAAAGACGCUCGAAAGCAAAGAGCCGCAGACGCCAAAGAGUCUACAACAAGCCCAAAGAAGACUGAAAAGAAGACACGAAAGAGCGUCUCGUUUGCUCUUGCCUAA